GUACUUUUUUUAGAAUAUCAAAAGGGGGCAGACAGUCCACAGAAAAAGGGACCCUUGGAUGAUUUGCCGACAAAUUGUCAUGUCACCAGCGUGAAAUUAAACGAGCAAGUCGGCCGUUUGUCUUGCGUAUUUCUGAAUGGGGGGGCGUGCGCAUGCGAACCGGCGCGUGAAUGGCGGCCCGCAAGUGCCCUGUCCCGGGUGGAGAGCAGCAAGUUGUGCAGAAAGCAUGUGCGCUUGUUCAAGUUCACUCGCAUGAGGGGCCUCACUGAGGGCGUCUGGCACGGGUGCCGUUUGGGGCCCGCGCUGACUUUUGGGGAGCCCCCUUUCCAAUCGGCAUUACUCGAUCCGCCCUCCAAAUCCCGUUAGCGGCCAAUUUGUCAGAUUGCGCGGGGCGGGCAGCUGCGCGGCGGAUCAGGGAGGGGGCGAUAAGACUAAGAGCGUGCGCGGGAGCCGAGCACUGGCGGCAUGGACGUCAACGACGCGGGGCGGAGCGGGGAGCCGGCCGAGGCGCCCACCGUCUUCCCCCGCGUGGGCUACAGCGUGCUGGCCUUCCUCAUGUUCAUCAACACGCUGCUGAGCGUCUUCAACAACGGCCUGGUGCUCGGCGUGUCCCUGAGGAACCCCGGCCUGCUGCGCCCCGUCAACCUUUUGGUGGUGGGCCUGGCCGCGUCCGACCUGAUGAUCGGCCUGUGCGGCUCCCUGGUGGUCACCGUCACCAACUACCGCGGCUCCUUCUUCCUGGGCCGCGCCGCCUGCGUCUUCCAGGGCUUCGCCGUCAACUACUUUGGCCUGGUGUCGCUGUGCACGCUGACCCUGCUGUCGUACGAGCGCUACAAGGCGGUGUGCGAGCCGCGCGUCGGCCGGCGGCUGAGCAUGCGGCGCAGCGCGGCGGGGCUGGCGUGCGUCUGGCUCUUCUGCCUGUUCUGGGCCACGGCGCCCCUGCUGGGCUGGAGCGGCUACGGCCCCGAGGGCGUGCGCACGUCCUGCUCGCUGGCCUGGGAGGAGAGGUCCUGGAGCAACUACAGCUACCUCAUCCUGUACACGCUCACGUGCUUCCUCUUCCCCGUGGCCGUCAUCGUCUACUGCUACUCCAAAGCGCUGGCGGCGCUGCGGCAGUUGAACAAGAGCGUGGAGCCGCAGGGGGGGGGCUGUUUGCGGCAGGAGACGCGGCGCGCCACCAAGAUGGUCCUGGCCAUGAUCGCCGCCUUCUUGGCGUGCUGGCUGCCCUACACGGCCCUGUCGCUGGCCGUGGUGCUGCGGCCGCGGCUGGCCAUCCCGCCGCUGCUGGCCACCAUGCCCAUGUACUUUGCCAAGACCAGCCCCGUCUACAACCCCGUCAUCUACUUCCUCUCCAACAAGCAGUUUCGAGACGCCGCCCUGGAGAUGCUGUCGUGCGGCCGCCGCGCCCCACGCGGGAGCGUCGGCCUCGCCAUGCGGCCCCUCAACAGGCGGCGCCCGCCCGGAUGCUCCGGCCGCAUCGCCGGCCAGGGCAAGGUGCUCCCUCUGUGACGGCCCCGGCGAGCGCCGACCUUCCCGGGAGAGCGGGGGGUGGGGGGCGGGGGGGACUCCAAAGCAAGCCGCAGUGUUGUUCUCGUCACUUUGUCUUGUCCGUGACGGCCUCUCAUUGGCCACUUCAUUAGGUACGUCAACAAUUGUGCCUUUCAGCGUCACAAAAUUGACGGCUCGUGCGUGUUCCCUUUCCAAGCUCGUUAAUGACUUGGUGAAAUCUCUUGAAACUAAACGGUUGCUCAGAAGCGUCCUGCUCUCAUGGUGUCUGUAGCAUGAAUAGCAUCAAUAAAAGAUGAUCAUUAAAUAUCUCUCUCUCUAUAUAUAUAGAUCCAUCCAUUUUCUGAACCGCUUAAUCCUCAGCGGGGUCACGGGGGUGCCGGAGCCUAUCCCAGCCGUCUUCGGGUAGUAGGCGGGGGACACCCUGAACCGGUUGCCAGCCAAUUGCACUGCACACAGAGACAAACAACCAUCCACGCCCACACUCACACCCAGGGACAAUUUAGAGCGUCCAAUCAGCAUGUUUUUGGAAUGUGGGAGGAAAGCGGAGCACCCGGAGAAAAGCCACGCAGCCCAGGGGAGAACAUGCAAACUCCACACGGGGAGGCCUGAGCUGGAAUCACACACGAUGUGCGGUGCGGGUGUAGCCAACGUUGCGGCCUCAGAGUCCCCUCCGUGUUUUGUGCGUUCCAUGUGGUCUCGUCUUGACAUGUUUCCGUCAAUAAAACACGUGGCGCAGACUUGCACUUUUCAAAUGCGGCCACAACGAGUCAUCUUGUCCUUUUUCAACAGUUGUUGACACGUCCCGAGCAAAGUCGUGGAUUUGAGAGCGACGGCUCAUUUCGGGAAGCAAAGAGGAUGGCAAAACAGGAUUAGGCCACGCCACGCUGUAAUCCUCCAGCAUGACACCCACGAGUCCCAUCUGGCCUCGCUUACGGCCGCCGGACAGCCAAACGGAAAAAAAUAGAGCCCCGGGAUCCACGUCAGCGGCCGCGCGCCUCACCACCCGCUGGUGUGCUCGGGUCCAAACACGUUUGCUCGCAGCACCUCGUAAUGAUUUCAGGUGGAACAAGCAGCCUUCAAGGUUGUCAGUUUCCUGCCGCUCCCAAGAAGAAGAAAAUGGCGCGAGAGGGGCCGCAAAUCUGUCAAGGGGGUUUUCUCCAUCGACGCUCGCUCCAAUAAAUGUCCUCGUUGCUCCGCGUUUUGGUGACGGCUUCCUUGCGAGGCAGACACAGUCAAUCCCCUUUGCAAAACGCCCUUCCGCUCAUUGUUUUCAGCCGUUGGCAUUUCAAAUGAUGUCCAUUUGGGUUUUUUUUUUUUUAGCCCACCGGCGCCGGCCUGCUCUUGCGUUCCUCGGACAGACGAGCCACCCGCAGGAAGCGCAGACAAACUUUAAUCCAACAGAAUUUUGCAAUGACGGCAUGCAGGUAUGCUUCAUCCGAGCGCGAGGACAGACAAAAAAAGGGAAGGCCGACCGCGGUCCGGAGCAAACGCUAUCUAGAAAGAAGAGGAUCCAACCUCCCGAUCGCUCGAGUCCCGGCCAUAUUUACAACGCGAAAACGUCUACAAAAUGGUGACGUCCAGCGAGUCCCGCCAUCUCUUUCCAGCUGCUUCCAAUGGCUCGCCGGCCGCUUUUUUUUUUGUGCUACUCGCAAAAAACGGGGCGCCGUUGGCCAUUUAAAUGGCAAAAUGUUUGCCGCCUCCCCACAGUCUGUCGGCCAAGGAUGCAAAAUGUCCUCUUAGGCAACGCGAGUGGCGCGUGGCUCCCUUCGACGAGGAGCUCGCCGGUGAUGGAACGCGGUGGCGCGCAAAAGAAGAUUCUUUCAACUUAACACGGCGCGCGAUGAUUGCGCACCAAAUAUCCCAGAUUUGCUCUCAAUCUAAAAUCGUGUUCAAUGGGGGGAAAGCAUGCGGGGGGUUUUUUUUGUUUUUUUUUUUUGGAUGUGUCACUUGAACGCUGACGCUUAUCAUCUAGUCACAAUCGAGUCUCGGCCCACACAAAGCAAGAAAAAACUAAGCAAAACAAUCUCAUCGCUUGUAAGUCAAGCUACCGCUAUGGAUGACGAAUGGAGGGAAUUCAACGAGUGCGCUGUGCUUUGUCAUCAAAGGACCCCCCCCCCCAGAAAGAAAAA